UGUUUUCACGUCGCAUGAACCGGAUGGGUCUUUAAGAAAAAAUACGUAGCUUUAAAACCGGAAUUCAAUCUGCUGCAUUUUUCGCCCGUCUAUAUCCUUUCCUCGUUUAUAUUUGUAAAGAUGCUGCCCAUAUUUAAGACCAUUCCAACGCACAUGGAUUAUAAAGGCCAGAAGCUGGCUGAACAGAUUUUUCAAGGAAUCAUUCUCAUCUCUGCGGUUAUUGGCUUUGUUUGUGGUCUGAUCGUUGAGCAGUUUGGAUGGACAGUCUACAUCGUUUUAGCUGGCUUUGCAGUGUCCUGUGUGUUGACUCUUCCCCCAUGGCCCAUGUACAGACGUAACCCUCUGUCUUGGCAGCCUGCUAUACCAGAGAGCAGUGGAGAGUCCUGUCAAAAACCACAGGAAAGCAUCAAAAAGAAGAAACACAAGUAACUUGAAACCUCUAAAAGUCUGCCUGCCAAUACAUUUUUUUUUAUAAUACUGCAAAAUAUACCUAGCAUUUAGUUCAUAGACUUUGGUACAGUGUUUUUCAGUCAACCAGGGCUUAACGAUAUUAAACAAAGAUAUUUUGAGUUGAAACAAGCAUUUGAAACAAACACAAUUUUAGGUCCUAAUUAUUGGUAUAAUUCUGACACUUUGGUGCUGUACUUUUCCAGACCUAGCCAGAAAUUAAAUGCUUGGUGUCUAAAUAAACGUAUCUGAUCUUUGUUU